CGGAGAGGGGCGCGCAGAACUUUGUUCAGUGGGUUGAGAAGGAUCAAGCAGGCCUUUUGGAUCAUAAGCGUCUAGAGAUUUUAAAGGGGUCAGUUCAAGACGGAAAACUUCUACUCCACUGUGAAACCCCUUGACAAGAGAUUGGAGGGCCCAAUGGCUGCAAAAUCCCAGCCCAACGCUCUCAAGAGUCCAGAUGGCGUCGCCAAGGGCAGGGCUGCCCCUCACGGGCAGUGGGGUCGUGCCUGGGAGGUGGACUGGUUCUCCUUGGUGAGUGUCGUCUUCCUGCUGCUGUUCGCGCCCUUCAUCGUGUAUUACUUCGUCAUGGUGUGUGACCAGUACAGCUGCUCUCUGACCGCCCCCGUGCUGGACCUCGCCACCGGGCGUGCUAGUCUCUCAGACAUCUGGGCCAAGACGCCACCUGUGACGAAGAAAGCGGCCCAGCUCUAUGCCCUGUGGGUCACGUUCCAGGUGCUUUUGUACAUGGCGCUUCCUGACUUCUGCCAUAAGUUUCUGCCGGGCUACGUGGGCGGCGUUCAGGAGGGCGCCGUGACUCCCGCAGGAGUUGUCAACAAGUACCAAGUCAACGGCCUGCAGGCGUGGCUCAUCACACAUCUGCUCUGGUUUGCAAACUCGCACCUCCUCUCCUGGUUCUCUCCCACCAUCAUCUUCGACAACUGGAUCCCGCUGCUCUGGUGCGCCAACAUCCUCGGCUAUGCCGUGUCCACUUUCGUCAUGGUCAAGGCCUACCUCUUCCCCACCAGUGCUGAAGACUGCAAAUUCACAGGCAAUUUCUUCUACAACUACAUGAUGGGCGUGGAGUUUAACCCCCGAAUUGGAAAGUGGUUUGACUUCAAGCUGUUCUUUAAUGGACGCCCUGGAAUCGUCGCCUGGACCCUCAUCAACCUGUCCUUUGCAGCCAAGCAGCAGGAGCUCUACGGCCAAGUGACCAACUCCAUGGUCUUGGUCAACGUCCUGCAGGCCAUCUACGUGCUGGACUUCUUCUGGAACGAAACCUGGUACCUGAAAACCAUUGACAUCUGCCAUGACCACUUCGGGUGGUACUUGGGCUGGGGGGACUGCGUCUGGCUGCCAUACCUGUACACACUGCAGGGUCUGUACCUGGUCUACCACCCCGUGCAGCUGUCCACCCCCCACGCCGUGGGCGUCCUGCUGCUGGGCCUGCUGGGUUACUACAUCUUCCGGAUGGCCAACCAUCAGAAGGACCUGUUCCGCCGCACGGACGGGCGCUGCCUGAUCUGGGGCAGGAAGCCCAGGGUCAUCGAGUGUUCGUACACGUCGGCGGACGGGCAGAAACACCACAGCAAGCUGCUAGUGUCUGGCUUCUGGGGCGUGGCCCGCCACUUCAACUACACGGGGGACCUGAUGGGCAGCCUGGCCUACUGCCUGGCCUGCGGCGGGGGCCACCUCCUGCCCUACUUCUACGUCAUCUACAUGACCAUCCUGCUGACCCACCGCUGCCUCCGCGACGAGCACCGCUGCGCCAGCAAGUACGGCAGCGACUGGGAGCGCUACACCGCCGCCGUGCCUUACCGCCUGCUGCCGGGAAUCUUCUAGGGGACCUGCCCGGGAGAAACCCCCUGAGGGGCUGUGAAGAGCACUUGGAGCCAGGUCUAUAGGGGCUGACGUCCCAGCCCCACCUUCUAGGAGCCUCAGUUUCCUCAUCUGUAAAAUGGAGAGAGCCUGGCGCUUGGCGGGCAUCUCGUAAAUGGGAGCGUGCUCUCCUUUCCCCUCCUUCUGAGGGGAAUUCUGAGGGUUUACACCAACUGCCUUCUCACCAGCAGAAAUGACCCGUUUCUCUAUUCAGUGAUCCAAGAGCAGGAGGGUGACCUGGUCACCUGUGAUAACCCCCCGACGGCGGUUCUCUGUGUUGGGAGACCGAGCGGCUUCGCUGCCUAGAGAGACCGGCAUCUCACGCUGAGCGUCUGCCAGCUCCCCUGAUCAGGACGGCGCUUCUUCUUGCUGGAUAAAAUGGAAGGGGAUAUGUAAGGUGUGCCAGGUAUCAAUUUAUUGCCUUUCAGCCCCAGAUCCACCCUUCAUGACCGCGAUAGUGAGCCGGGCUCCUGGAACAGUUCUCCUUUGCAGCAUGCACAGUGUUCAAUUUGUCGGUAGAGGGCGCUGAGGGACGCUGUACGAGGAAGGGGCUUUAGUUCUGGUACAUCCACAAACUCUGGCUCAGGUGACCCAGAGGACUUGUCCACCGUCCCGGGAGCCUCACCCUGUCUUCUCCAAUGAGAUCUGAAUCCCAGCCUUGGGGAGGGUACCCCCUUACCUUAGGCACUCUCCCUCAACCCUAGGAUAUUCCUGAAAUCUCUCUUUAGACGUUUCUGCCCUAGUAGGGUUAAUAAUUCUUUAUAAUAAACUUUGCCUCUUCAAACUUCUGUGUGGUUUCUAUCUCCGGAU